CAACAAAGAUGGCGACCGCUGUGGAGAGGAAGCGACACUCGCGGUGUCUUUUUGCUUUUACGUUGUUGGUUUACUUUGAAUUGUCACUGGAAAUUGACGGUAAAACUACACAGAAAAAGACGCCAUAUUUAGAUUCAGAGCGACUGAAAUCAAAAUUUGAUACCCGAACAUUUGUGAUUGAUUCGGAACUUUUCAGAAGUGAAAAUGAAUUUGAUGCUUAUAAGAGUGUUCCAGCAGAUCUCAAACUGCGAUCCAAAAGGGAUGCAGCAUCACCAAAGAGUCAUUCACCUAGUGCAGUUUCUGUGCAGUUAAAUGACAGUCAUACACAGAUGAUUGUCCACUGGGCGGGGGCGGGGUCAGAUGUCAUCAUCGCUCUGUCCCGCAGUAGCCAUCCUACAAACAGCUCCACUAGUAACUUAUUCAUGUCUUAUGACUAUGGGAAAAGCUUCCAGAACAUGAAAGAAAAAAUUCUAAUACCACAAAAGAUGACUCCAAUCAUACAUCAUUAUUAUAACAGCAGAGUGUAUAAUUCACAUUACAUAUUUACAGACAUUGUACAUAAUUAUAUAUUCACCACCCUGAAUUACGGGCGGACCUUCACAUCACAUAGUGUGCCAUUCAAACCAACAGAUCUGAAGCUGCAUGCAAGCGAUCCUAACCUGGUUCUGGGGAUGGACAAGAAUGAUACCAGUAAAAAGCUUUAUUUGUCCCAGAAUUUUGGAUACACAUGGAGAAUGAUUCAGCAGGGAGUUGUGAAUUUUGAAUGGGGAGAGGCCCCUUACGAUAAUGACUCUGUUAUUUACGUUGAGCGGGAGGAGCAUUAUAUAGAUGGCAGUGGGGGAUCUAUCCUCAGCAGUGCCGACUUGUUCAGAACCAGGCCAAAAGUGUUACUUUAUGGAGGCAAGGACUUCAAAAUGGAGGGACCGUACAUGUUUGCCACCAAAACACAAAGAUUGUUUGGAGCACACCAACCAGUAAAGCAGUUCUGGGUAUCUUACAAGAGGGGACGUUUUGUCAAUGCCCAAUUUUCUGAGGGACUUCCAAAUUAUGAUUUUUAUGUGGCAGAUGCCUCAGAAGAGCAGGUGUUUCUAGUGGUCACUCACAAUGAAACCACUGGUCAGUCCCACCUCUACAUAUCAGACAUCACUGGAGCCAAGUACUCCAAGACUCUGGACAACAUUGUCUACUAUAAUCCGGAGGGGGCUCAUAGGAACAGCUGGCUCAAGUAUUUUGCCAAAGAAGCAUUUGUGGAUUUAACAAAGAUCAAAGGUAUGAAGGGUGUGUAUAUUGCCAAUCAGCUGACCAAGAACAAUAGCUUCCAGAAGGAUGACCAGAGGAGUAUGAUCACUUUUGACAAGGGUGGACAGUGGUCCCUCAUCAAUCCUCCUCCCUAUGACAUCAAUGGCAACAAGACAAAGAACUGCACCACUUACAGAAAGGAUAACUGUUCCUCACUGCAUGUGACCCAAGAGUUCAGUCGACUUUAUCCAGGAGCUAGGAAUAUUCCCAUUUUAUCCCGAGAAUCGGCACCUGGCAUUGUCUUAGCAACAGGGGUCAUAGGGACAAGGUUAAAGAACCAGCCUGAUGUGUAUGUGUCGUCCAGUGCAGGAUAUCAGUGGAAGCCAGCAUUGAAAGGGAAUUACUUCUAUGCUAUGGGAGAUCAUGGAGGACUUCUUGUAGCUGUUCCACAGUUUCAGAACACCAGAGAGUUGUUAUAUUCUUACGAUGAAGGAGAGACCUGGAACACCUACACUUUCCAUAAUGAGACCAUCAGAGUCUAUGGUGUACUAACAGAACCAGGGGAGGCAACUGCUAUUUUUUCUAUUUUUGGAUCUCACUUGGGCAUCCACAAAUGGCUCAUCAUUCAAGUGGAUAUGGGGAAGGUCUUCAGAUACACUUGUAAGAAGGAUGACUACAAGAUGUGGUCUUUCACUGACAAUCCUCCAUUUGCUGGCUGUAUCCUUGGUAAAAAGCUGGUUAUUGAGAGGCGUAUAGCUCAUGCCUACUGCUAUAAUGGACGGGAUUAUGAUAGAACAAUUGUAGAGAAAAACUGUUCCUGUACCAGGGAAGAUUAUGAAUGUGCCUUUGGUUUUCAUUUGGAAGAAAGCUUGUUCAAUUUCAAUCAGAAGUGUAUAGAGGACAGUGACCCAGACAUUAAUAUACAUAAGCCUCCCAAAAACUGUCCUCCUGGGACAUUUUAUCCAUACUCUCGGGGCUACCAGAAAAUUCCAGGGGACACUUGUCAGUACGGUGAAGACUACCGAUAUGACCCCCUCAUGUAUUCCUGUCCUGUAGCAGAGGUGCCUGAAUUUCUGAUCUAUGUGUCAAGUCGCAAUGUACAUCGAGUUCUGCUGGGGGAUAACAGAGAGGAAGUAAUUUACACAGCCACUGGCAUGAACAAUGUCCUUGCAGCCGAGUUUGAUCUCCAUAGCAACUGCAUGUUUGUCAGUCUAACUAAGGAAAUACAGAAAGUCUGUUUUGGAGAAAAUACAACAAAUACAGCGACAGCUAUGCCAGUCAUAAGCAAGAACCUUGGUAACGUGGAGGCUUUAGCAUUUGAUUGGACAAGUAAGAAUUUGUACUGGAUUGAUUCUGCAUUGCGAAAACUAGAAGUGGCCCGAGAGGAUGGCAGGUACAGGAAGGAGCUGUUUAACGCAACUUACCUGGACAGGCCGAGGGCAAUGGUCUUGGAUCCAAGAUUUGGAUACAUGUACUGGACAGACUGGUCAGCUUCAAACCCCAGAAUUGUCCGUGCUUGGAUGGAUGGUUCGCACAACCAAACCAUUGUCACCAGUCCGAAUGUCCACUGGCCAAAUGGUAUAACCAUUGACUACCGUUCAGACAAGAUAUUCUGGACCGAUGCAUACAGAUAUGGUGUAUACUAUGCAGAUUCUGAUGGGAGAAAUCCACAUACAGUAAAAUCUGGAUAUUACUACACUCCACACCCAUAUAGCAUUGGAGUGUUCAAGAACAAUUUAUACUGGACUGAUUGGACAAAGAAAGCUGUGCUGACCAUAAACAAAAACAGUGGGCUGGGCUUUAAGCCGAUAAUUAGCAAUAUAAAUCGUGUGAGGGACCUAAAAGUCUACUCCAGCACAUCUCAAAGCUCCUCCUCCCCCUGUAGUCAUGGUAAUGGAGCCUGCACCCAGCUGUGUCUGCCUCGCCCUCAAUUCAAUGAAACAGGUGUGAAGGUUUCCAAACAGAACCGUACCUGUGCCUGUAACGGAACCUCCUUCAAGAUCCCCACAACAUCAGGAUCCUCAGAACACUGCAACUGUGGGGAGAAAGACAUGAAAAUUAAUGGAGUCUGUAUGCCCUCGAAUCGGUCUUCAGUGUCUAACUGCUCACACUCCCACUUUACCUGCGGUAACGGUCGAUGUAUUCCGUCUACCUGGCUCUGUGACCGUGACGAUGACUGCCAUGAUGGAUCAGAUGAAUUUGACUGUCCUUACUUGGAGUGCACGGCAGGUAAUUUCCAAUGUAAAGCCGGGGGAAAUUGUAUCCCUCAGCGCUGGCGUUGUGACCAUGACCAUGACUGUGAAGACGGGAGUGAUGAAAUGAAUUGUGCUUACCCAUCUUGUAACAAGAGUACACAGUUUACAUGUGACAAUAGUCGCUGUAUCCCCCUCAACUGGACAUGUGACCAUGAUGAUGAUUGCCAUGACAACAGUGAUGAACAAAACUGUAGAUACAAUGAGACCUGCAGCGAUGAAGAGUUUCACUGUGCCAUGCAUCAGCCGAGGUGUAUUCCGAGCUCCGACGUCUGUAACGGCCAGAAUGAUUGUGUGGACGGCUCUGACGAGGUCAACUGUACUCAAAGUCAUUGUCCGUACUAUAAACAAGAGUGUGCAGACAGGUCACAGUGUAUUUACCGGAGCUGGGUGUGUGAUGGAGAGGCAGAUUGCCGAGACGGCAGCGAUGAGAAAAACUGUUCCUUUACAACCUUACCUCUGACAACCACUACUUACUACUGUCAGCGACGCUGUACAGACGGACGUGGUUGCUAUGACUACAGCCAGAGGUGUGAUGGAGUCGAAGACUGUCUGGAUGGAUCAGAUGAAAUAUACUGCGGACAUAGAACAAUUACUCCAGCAAUGACCACCACCUCUUCUCCGGGCUGUAGUGAGAACCAGUUUUACUGCUACAAAGGUCACUCUAUUUAUCCCAUGUGUAUCCCUCAGACCUGGGUGUGUGACAAUGCUACUGACUGUGAAAACGGAGAGGAUGAAGAUGCCAGUGAUUGUAGAGCUAAAGAGCAUUGUUCUGUCAAUGACUUUAAGUGUUUGUACAUGGCUGGUUGUGUGCCUCAGUCUAAGGUGUGUGAUGGCAGCUAUGACUGCCUGGAUCAUUCUGAUGAGAUGGGAUGUAAGGUGACAUCUACUACUACUCCAGCUUCAGUCGAGCUUUGUUAUCAGCUUAAACAUGAGAAUUUUGAGAAAUUUCGUAAGAACUACUAUGUAUGUAACUCUCAGGGAAUGGAGACCUGUGGGCUAUGGUUGAGAGUGUGUGAUUGGACAAAUCCUUGUUACCUCUAUGACCAGUUGAUUGUUACAUUAUGCACACAAAGAUUAAAUGUGACACAUCUGGAGGCAAUACCUGACACAGAGGGUAACAUUCUUGUGACCUGGCAACCCCCAUCAAAACAAGCCAAUCCGAAAUUCCGAUACAAAGUCUCUUAUUUAGAAAAGGAGAAUGAAAAGACAUGGCAAAAUAUUACAGAAAACCUUAGUGGAAAUAGUUACACCAUUAAAAAUGUCCGAUCUUUGACCCCAUAUGUGAUCACUGUUUAUGUCAUCACCCCUGACAACAGGACUCAUUUCCCUGUGGAACCAAUUACUGUAACAACCUUGCAGGAGGUACCUAGAAAACCAGGCUCUUUCAGAGUGAAUUAUGCCUCUGAUAAUAUCACAGUACAGUUGACCUGGACUGCCCCACCUGGAUCAGGCCCAGGAGAGAUAAAGAGUUACAAAAUAUACUGGAAAUCAGCAGAAAAGAAUGUUACCUCCUUUUUAACUGUGCCAGGGAGAAGCAACUCUUUCUUAUUUGACAACGGCAGGCUGACCUACAAGAAGAAAUAUCAGUUUUGGGUGACAGCAGUAAAUCGAGCUGGAGAAGGACAAGCAACGGAAAAAAAACCUGAAAAUGGCCUCAUAUAUGAUCAAGGGGGCAUCAUUACCAUGGUGACUUUUACAGAACCCAAGAGGAUAGACUUUUAUACCAUAAUAUUGAACUGGAAACCCAUACAGGGGGCUGAGGGCUACAAGAUUACAUACAAUGAUGCAAUGAAAGUUCCUGUGACAGUUGAUGUUAAGGGCCAAAAAGACUCUGCGAAAAUCACUAAUCUGUGUCCGGGAUCGCAGUAUGAAUUCCAAAUGGCUGCCUACAAUAACCAUGGCGAUGGACCGUCAAGACCUAUCAUGAUAAUAACGAAUGGGACCGCUCCAAAUUUGCAGAUUUCUAAUGCUACAAUGGAAGAUAAUACAGUCUUUGUUAUAAGCUGGAAACCUGUACAUAUGAAACAGAAGACGUCUAUAAAUUACACAGUAUUUUAUGACUAUGACCCCCGUGACCUUGAACUUGGCACUGAUCCAAGGAAAAAAGCUAAGAGCAUAACAGUAACCAAUAAAAACAGUGCUACAUUGAGGGGACUGAGAGCUUGUGAGUCGUACACAGCUAGGCUCGCCAUGACCUCCCCAGGGUUAUGUCCCUUGUCGGACAUCGUAACAUUCGUCACUGGAGAAGAUGAAAGUGCCCAGCCUGAGAAUGUGGAAUUUCAGUUUCUUAAGAACAGUAAGACAACAGGAAACCUAACGUGGGAAGCUGCUUGUUUUGAGGAAUUUAUAGAUGUGGGAUAUGUUGUCAUAGUGACGGAAGACCUAACCAAUAAAACGUUCCGAUCAGAGAAGUAUAAUGCAACUAAAGAACUGAAGUUGUACCAGAUUUUGGGACCACUGCGGAGAGGAGCCACUUAUACUGUGGUUAUUCAGAGGGACGUCCCUGGAGUCCAUGAUCCCCGACCCUCAGAUCCAUACAAGAUCAGAGUUGAGCCAUAUGCCAGUCCACUAAACCUUGUGGGAACUCCCCAGUCUGAUGAAGGCAAAAUAACCUUGACGUGGACUCCAAACACAGUGGAUGCUCCAAAACCUGCAAACUUAAAGGGAUACGAGGUACAAUGGAUGAGGAGCCAUGAGGGAGGCAGUCACUCCAAGACUGAGUUCCAGACCCUGGGGAUCCUGGGAGGUACUGUCACAGACUUCACAGUCCAGAAGUUCUCUGACUACCAUUUCCGUGUCCGUGUGGUGACCAAGGAUGGCUAUAGGGGGGCGUGGAGCCAGGAGUAUCAUAUGACGUCUUCAGAGGUGAUAGCAGAGCCCUAUAGCUCCACGGUUACAAUGAAUAAAACAAAUCUCAUCGCCAUCAUCGUCUCCAUUGCCACUGUUGUCAUCGCUCUUGUCGUCGUUCUUGCCUUCUUCAUCAUCAGGCAUCGUCGACUUCAGAGAAGUUUUAUGGCAUUUGCUAACAGUCACUAUGAUUCCAGAUCGGGGACUACAACAUUUACUGCCAAUGAUAUUGGUGAAGAAGAGGAUUCCCCUAUGAUACGGGGAUUUUCCGAUGAUGAGCCCCUUGUGAUAGCAUAAUGGAUUGAGACAGACAGCUUGUGCCAUGUAUGAUUUCAGAUAUCGGAGAUCAUACUUAUUGUGAUAUACUGUCUUUGUCAGACUUUGUCACCGGGUGACUUUUCUGUGAUUUAAUCAAUACAUAUUACAGAUCUAAUACUAUCAAGGUGUAUGUUUUUGGAAAACUUAGUAAUUUCAUUUAUUUUGGAAAAAUAUUCUGCUAUUUACAUGUAUUUUAUACAUGUAAUAUGUGGGUUUUUUAAAAAAAUUUUAUAACACUUCAUUUUUUCUGUGUUAAGUCCUUUACCAUUAUUAUAUGUAUGGACUUGUAUAUCUAAUUAUCUGUGGGAACACAUAACUUGUUAUUAAGAGUGUUGAUUUCAUGGCAGUUACAUCUAUUUCAUCUCAUAUUUAUGUUUACACAUCAUUAAUUUGUUUAUUGAAAGAUUAUUGAAUCUUCAUAAAGGUCUGGCUUUGGGAUCAUGAAACAUCUUACUCUCUAGUUAAAUCCUUAAUGAUCUACUAAAAUGUUGUAGAAGUCAAGCAGACAAAAAUUGAAAAUAUUUUUCAGUAUUGCUUCAUAAAAGUUGUUGUCUGCAAAUUUAGAGAUUAAUUCAGUAAUUUGUAAUCAUUUUACAGGGGAUUACAAAUUUGACUUAAAUCUACAUGUGUUUCAUGAUCCUGGGACCAGAUUUAUAGCUAACGAAAGAUUUAAAAAGACACAAGAUUGAUUGGUUUUCCUUCAAAUGUGUUCAAGUUGUAUGUGAAUCUGUUGCUAUUAAAUUGACAAAAAAAGAAAACAAAAAAAAAAUCUUCCAAAUUUUACAGGACUAAAGUUUUUCAAUGUAAAUGUUUGUGAAAUCUAGAUAAUGUUCUUUAUAAAUAAUUAGAUACCAAAUAAGUACAUGUGAGUACGUAUAGGUGAAGAAGCAUAUCAAUUAGAACUGUGUACUUCUGCUUAUUAGAAUUAUACAUUCCACAUUUUAUAGCCUUAAGUUUGCUCAGAAUUUACUGUAUAAGUGGUCUUGUUAAUAGGGUUGUAGAUAAAAUGAAUGGAGGGAGAGAGAGUAGUUUUUAAUUAAUGUGUACAUUCUCAAUGUCCUAAAUAAUCCUUCUUUAAAAUCAUUGGAGAUUGUACAAGAGAAAAAUAUUGUACAAGAGUAAAAUAUUCUAAUGGAGAAUUUUUAUAUACUAGUGCAUUUGUUAAAGGCUACUUUAUUGAAAAGUUGCAUUGUUUGAUAUUAUUUUUUGUAUAAAAAUUAUUGUAAAGAUUUGUUAAAAUCUCAGUAAACUCAUUAGGAAAAUGUUUCGGAGGAAUAUCUGAUGCCAGGAAGCAGGAUCUGUUAUUUACGUGUGUUGGAUGAUACUUGAUGACACUGUGUCACAUUAUCUGGUUUUCUGAUGACACAAGCAUGUAAAAUGAUAUAAAAUUUUGAUGUGUUUUAUUUUUAUGACAUGAGAAAUUAUCAAUUUUUUUUUAAAGACAUGUGAACCUUUAGUGUAUUCAUGAAAUUAUCCUGAUUUCUAAAUGACACAAGUGAAAUAAUGCCAAUUGUUUUGAUGAUUGUGUCAACACAUUGGAAAUGAUACUGAUUUUUGAAGACAUAUCUAGUUAUCUACUGAUUUACUGAAUCUCAGCUGUCUUAAUUGUUUUAUGUAUUGUACUGUAAAAAAGUCCUACCACACUACUGUGUGUUUCUAUACCUAAAAUCAUAUUCAGAGGAAAUUCUGUUGAUUUGUUUUAUGGCUGAAAAUCUUUUAUACCUCAUUUUCUUUUCUAAUUUUCCUUCAUACACUGUCCCAGUUUUGUGUUAGAUAUUGCAAUGUGCUCUUUUUUUAACAAGCAAUUGUUAAAGUAUUUUUUUUAAUUUAAAAUGUUUGACAUCCUCAUUGACUAAUAUAAAAGUCUGAUGAAUGAGUAUAUAAAAGUUGUAUAUUAUUUCAAAUGGUGUUACAUGCAAUUGUGUCCUGUUUGCUUCUCCUAUUCUUGAUAUACUCCUGAUCAAAGACUGCUUACUAAGAGAGUAAACAUUGAUAUAAAUGAGUUGUUGAGAUACAUGUGUAUAUUAACCAGAAUUUUCUCUGAUACAGAGUGAUUCCUGAAUUAAUCUGAUGAAUCCUUCACAUAUUCAUUCUCCCUGACUAUUUCAUUUCUUUCUUCUUUACAGCUCUGACCAGUGUAUCCUUGUAUUUACUUAUAUCUGGUCUGAAAAUAAAAUGUCGAGUUAAAUUUUAAACUAUACCAUGCACGUAUAACAAGACUUUCCAUUAAAAAUGAUGACUGUGGUUAUCUACAAUUUUUUAAGGUAAAGACUUCUUAGGAGGCCACUUUUGUGUUUUGCACAUUACAAGUAUAGCCCCCCCCCCCCCUUUUCAUUUCACACUUGUGUGGGUUCAUUGGCAGUUUGUAUGAUUUUUUAUGCUUCCUAAAUUUAUGUUUUUUCGUUUUUUUUUCAUACAUGUAUUUAGUUGUUGAAUGCAUACAAUGUUGUAUUACUUACUCAAAGCUUGAGAUGAUUUUUUUUGCUUUAUUUGUUUAUUAAACAUCACCAAAUUUG